AUGGAGACACUGCAUGAGACAUGGAGCCGGUUUAAAGGAAUGUUGGUUAUAUGUCCACACCAUGGUAUUCCAGAUCAGAUGUUGGGACAACGAUUUUACAUGGGACUGUCAGAUAGCAUGAAGAACAUUGUAGAUGCCUCAGCUGGUGGGGCAUUUUUGAGCAAAACUUGGAGAGAAGGUCAGAGUCUACUUGACAAAAUGGCUCAGAAUUCGGGGUGGACGACGAGGAAUGCACCUAUCACUCCAGUGGUGCACUCAGUGCCUUUUGACCCAUCAAAUUCCAUGGCUGAAAAUGUGGCGACCCUCUUGACACAGAUGAGCAUACUCACCAAAAAGGUGGAGGAAUCAGGGCAGAAACAGCAAGGCAAUCAGAACUGGGGUCAGCAAACUCAGCAGCCAUACAGACCGCCUCAGCCACAGUACAACGCUGGAAGCAUGGGAGGUAUGAGACCUCCCAACAAUAUGGCACCUUAUCCAAGGCCACAGGGGUACAAAAAUCAGCAGCAAGGGUAUCCUCCACCUCAGCAACAGCAUGGUGGAAGGCAAGAAAAUGGGUUCACUAGACUUGAAGCAAUGAUGCAGCAGGCUGAGACAUUCAUUUCAGUGCCCAUUGAGCUGGAUGAGUCUACGAUACUGACAGAGGUGACAGUCCAGCCUGCUCAGGAAGAAAAGAACAUUCAGCAAGAGACCGAGAAAGUAGUUGAGCCAGUUGAAGAGCCAGUAGUUGAAAUAGUAGCUGAUAAAGAGAACUCCCAAGUGAUUGGGAAGAAGAGAGUUCCUGCACCCUUUCCACAGAGGCUGGCCAAGCAUAAAAAGGAGGAGCAGUAUAAAAAGUUCUUUGAAAUGCUCAAACAAAUCCAGGUAAAUAUUCCACUGAUUGAAGCUUUAAAGGAGAUGCCUAGGUACGCAAAAAUGAUGAAGGACUUGAUGUCCAGGAAAUUUAAUUUUCAAGACUUGGCUACGAUUACACUUACUCAGACCUGUAGUGCAGUGGUGACGAGACCUAUUGCUGAAAAGUUGUCUGAUCCAGGUAGCUUUACAAUUCCAUGCUCUAUUGGGAAUUUCGCCUUUGCUAAGGCGCUCUGUGAUUUAGGGGCCAAGUCCGAUGAUGAGGUGUUGACAAUUGAGGACCCCCUGGCUGCAUGUUUGAUGAACAUAGAUGAAGUGAAUGGUGAGGAUUUGGCGGAAUGGGUGUUGGCAUUGGAAA